CCCCCCGCUCUCAGGCGGCUGAUGGAGGAGGCGGGAGCCAUGUUGUAGCUGCGGAGCAUCGAAGAGCAGCAAGCCGGAGAGAGUCCCCGCACCGCCCGCACCGCUUCUCGUCAGCAGCGCCCGUCCGGACUCACCAUGAGCGGCGGGACGCCCUACCUGGGCAGCAAGAUCAGCCUGAUCUCCAAGGCCGAGAUCCGCUACGAGGGGAUCCUGUACACCAUCGACACCGAGAACUCCACCGUGGCUCUGGCCAAAGUGCGUUCCUUCGGGACCGAGGACCGGCCCACCGACCGGCCCAUCCCCCCCCGAGAUGACACCUUCGAGUACAUCAUCUUCCGAGGCAGCGACAUCAAGGACCUGACGGUGUGCGAGCCGCCCAAGCCGACCGGCUCUCUGCCGCAGGACCCGGCCAUCGUCCAGUCGUCCAUGAGCUCCAGCUCGGCGCCGGCGGCCUCGGCUCCCACGCCGUUCCAGUCGGCUGGGUCUUAUGGACUCUUCAAUCGGGCGCCGGUUCCGGCCUACAGCCAGUUCAGCAGCAGCCCGCUGGUGUCGCCGCAGUUCGGCGCCGUCGGAGUGGGUCGCAGCAGCCCGGUUGUGGACCCUCUGAGGAAGAGUCCCACUCUGGACCAGAUCCUCCCAUCAGCCCCGGCUGCGGGCGUGGCCCCUCCAGCCCCGGGCCUGGGACGCAGAAGCCCCGCCCACGGCCGCCCCGCCGCCGCCGCCGGAGCUCCGAAGGUUCCGCAGCAGGACGGGGCAGAGAUGAGAAGAGCGGCGGGACUCCCGGCAAACCGCCGCGGCCGAGGCGGCGGCCACCGUGGCCGAGGGCGCUUCAACGUGCGCCGGGAUGGACCGGUCAAGUUCGAGAAGGACUUCGACUUCGAGAGCGCCAACGCACAGUUCAACAAGGACGAGAUCGACCGCGAGUUCCAGAGCAAACUCAAGCUCAAAGAGGAGAAGAGCGAAAAGACGGAGAAGACGCUGAACGGCGAGGACAAGGGCGACUCCGGUGUGGAGACGCAGAACAGCGAAGGAACCGGCGAGGACGAGAGCGACCCGCUGGGACCCAACUGCUACUACGACAAGUCCAAGUCCUUCUUCGACAACAUCUCCUGUGACGACUCCCGGAAAGCAGCAGAUAAAUCUGGAGCUUCAGCUUUUCCCAGGGAGCGGAGGCAGACCUGGGCCGAGGAGCGCCGGAUGAACGCCGAGACGUUCGGCAUCCCUCUGCGUCAGGGUCGAGGACGCGGCGGUUACCGUGGACGCGGCGGUGGGAUGGGCUUCAGGGGGGGGCGGGGCCGCCCGGCCAGCCGAGGGUCCUUCGGCCCCCCGCAGGGGGGAGGAGGAGGGGGGGCGGGCUACAGGGGGGGGUACAGAGGAAACCAGGCCGGGAGGGAGUUCGCAGACCUGUCAGCAUAUAGGAAGGACCAUAAAGUGACGGUGUAGGUCUGGCUCUGCAGGACCGUCGGAGGAGCGUCUCGUUGUGUUUUUGUCACCAGCACUGAGGUAGCCUGCUGUCAGCAGAACGCCGUUCCGCCGCGGCGUUCCGCCGUGUUCCUCUCUGGGCCAGUGGGCGGAGUCUAACAUGUAUUUUUCUACUGCUGCGUCCAUUUUGCUCCGAGCCGCGGUUCGAUUCCCGCACACUUCCCCUGCAUCUCGUCCCACGUUAGCGUUAGCGUUAGCGUUAGCGUACAUCACCACAGUGGGUCUGUUUCACCACACGGCACGGUUCGAUUCCAGCUGGGGAGCCAACCGGAGCUGGCAUCAACCACCUCACAGGAACUGUUCUCUUCAGCGUUCUCCAAGAACACAGCAAGUCCCAAAGCUUCAGGCUGCGUCUCACCUCGGAUUCACUCUUCAGUCGUGUCUGCUCCUCUGUGAUUGGCUGGCAGUAAGGUGGAGGCGGUGCCCUGUGUCCGCUCCUCUCUGAUUGGCUGGUGGUCAGCCACGAGACAGCAGAGCCACGACUUCCUGUUUCCCAGAAGCGACUCCUGGGGGCCGCUGCACCUUCGCCCCCCCCUGCUGGUCCCUGCUGGUACUGCAGGAGGCACCAGCCUGGUUUCGGUUCUGCUCCAGAGGUUCUUUUAGCUCGUGACAGAACGGCGCCAUGGAAUCAAACCGGGACCUGAACCUUCUUCGCACCAGGACUCUUCUGUUUAAACUCUGGCUGGGAUUCGAACCGGGAGCCGUCCGUGUGUUCAGGAUCUGUUGCUUCAACCUCUUUUUUUCAAAUUGACCCUCAAUAAAAAUGAUGUGACGUGUUUCCUCUGAAGACUGGGAUUAAAUAUUCUAUCACUGUAACUGGACUCUGCUGACCUCCAGUGUUUGAUCAACCACAUCACACACACACACACACACACACACACACACACACACACACACACACACACACACACACACACACACACACACACACACACACACACACACACAGAGACACACACGCGCGCGGUAUGAGGUGUUCCCCCUGCAGCUCCACAUCUCUUGUUUAAUCUGUUGUAAUCUGAACUCAAUGCUAAACUAAACUACUUCCUGCUUGUGUUGUAAUGAAGAUUUUAGAAGCAUUCAGGUUGUCGGUCUGAUUCCUGAGGUGGGCGGGCCGGGGCUGUGAUUGGCUGCUGAGGGAUGUUUGGGGCGUUCAUGUUCGGGGAUAAGUGGAGGAAAUCUGACUUCUCCUGUCGCCUCCGUCACGCUAACCUGUCUUCUUCCAAACGCCGCAGUGAGAAAGCAGAUGCAAUAACCGUGGUGGGCGGAGCCUGUUCUGCACAGCUGGCUUCCUCACAAACACUCUGUGGUCACUGUUUGUUCCUGAAUGCAGCGCCCUCUGGUGGCCCCGGCGGACUUCUUUCCUUUCUUUUUGUUUCGGGGAUUAAAUAAACAGUUGUACAUUG